CGUCUAUGUUAUUCACACAAAGCACUCGGGACGAUUACCUCAGUGACCUUGUCUUCUCGCUCCUCAGUCAUUAAAACUGUUCAGAAAAAAUGCUCUUCCGUAACUUCACUCGUAUCUCGCGCCUCUCCAGGGGAUUUGCUACCCAUGCCACGUCGACACCUACUCCUCCUCUGCCAGCGACCCUCCAUCUGAAGACCGGCCAGUCUUUCCACGGCCGAUCCUUCGGUGCUCCCAAGAGCAUAUUUGGGGAGACGGUUUUUUCAACCUCUAUCACAUCCUACACUGAGUCGAUGACCGACCCUUCGUACCGAGGCCAAAUUCUCGUGUUCACUACUCCUCUCAUCGGCAACUACGGUGUCCCUUCCAACACAACUCCUAUCGACAGCAACGAUGUCGGUGUCUAUCUCGAGUCUGAACGCAUCCAAUGCUCAGCGGUCGUCGUUGCUGACGUUGCCGAGAAGUUCUCCCACUACUUGGCCGCUGAGUCGCUGUCGCAGUGGUGCCAACGCCACGGCGUGCCAGGCAUUACUGGCGUUGACACUCGUGCCAUCACUACUCUCCUUCGUGACCAAGGAACCACUCUUGGUCGCCUCGCAAUCGGCUCAGACGCGGCGAAGCCUGCGCCCGCUGCCCAUGAGUACUGGGAUCCGACGACCGAAAACCUGGUUGACCAAGCCUCCACCAAGACCCCCAUCGUCCUGAACCCGACCGGCGAUGUGAAAAUAGCCGUCCUCGACUUCGGUGCCAAGGCCAAUAUUCUUCGCUCUUUAGUUCGUCGCGGCGCCUCAGUCACUGUUCUCCCGUGGAACUACGACUUCAACAAGGUUCGCGACCAGUACGAUGGUCUUUUCCUUUCGAACGGUCCUGGUGACCCGAGCCACUGCAUGGAGGCUGCUAUGAACCUCCGCAAGACGCUGAAGGAGUGGUCGAAGCCCGUCUUCGGUAUCUGCAUGGGCCACCAGGUUAUUGGUAUCGCCGCAGGCUUAGACGCCUAUCGAAUGACCUUCGGCAACCGUGGUCACAACCAGCCAGUCCUCGCUCUCGCGUCGUCUGGUUCGAUCAAGGCUGGGCGUGUCUACGUCACAAGCCAAAACCACCAAUACGCGCUUAAGCUCCAGGAUCCCUUCCCCGAAGGCUGGGAGCCCUUCUUCAUCAACUGCAACGACUCGUCCAUCGAGGGCAUCAAGUCGACCGUCGGGUCGGGCAAGAGCGUCUGGGGCGUGCAAUUCCACCCAGAGAGCGCGGGCGGACCGCUCGACACCAUCGAGAUGUUCACAGACUUCCUCGCGGAGUGCCGUGCGCACAAGCUGCAGGCUGGCAUCCCUAAGCGAGAUGUCAUGGAUACGGCGAAGGUCGAGCCCGCGUUCAAACGGCCGCAGGCCGCACAGCCCAUUGCCGCUGCCGCAUAAAAGCUUUGUACGGAUGCUUUGGCCUUGUUUCAUCUCUAGUGUAUUUGUGUACUCGUCUCGAAUUGCUGAGUGUUUGCUUUUGUAGAACUUAUCACGUACUAGGAUAUGGUUCAGUGAAGUGCUGUGGUUUGCAUUAGCUCUGCCAGUGUGGAACUAGUCAUGAACGAGCCUUAAAACAGACUGCGAGAUGGUAAACUCUGCAUACUUACCAGCAAAAACUUUUCGCGUGUAGAAUGGCGACCACAUCUGUUUACAUUGCACAACUCCGAAGAAGAACGGCCUGCGUACUCCUUGUUGCGUCGA